UAAUGCCACCUAGCGGAUGUUUUAACACGCAUUUCCGUUGACACCAUCUCCGUACCAGUAAUGAACCAAAAUAUGAGUACUUUUUAAAACCAUAUUUGUUUUUAGAUUUUAACAGGCCAAUGUAAAGCCAAAGCUAAAAGCAAAUAUGACAGACAUUCAACUGAAGAAAUGUGGAAUACGUUUCAACCCCCCAGCUAUCAUCGUAACUUACCUCAUUGUAUCUAAGAACAAACUUCACCGUCGCACAAUGCCUGUGCGGAACUUCACCAAGAAUUCUGGGAUACAACGCACAGUUGAUGAACUGAGACUCAAUAAAAAACAUGAAAAAUAUUUACAAAACAUCCCCUUGAGACAGCUGGAGAAACUGCUGACUGUGAUUCAGGAUAAAAUGAAAGGGAUAAGUUUGGAGGACAGUUUAAGAGAGAGAGAGAAACUGGAAACUAUCGAUCCAGAGGAGGACUUGAACAAGGCAGAUGAUAGGACAUUGGCUGCUAAAAAAGCUGUCAUGGAGGAGUCGUUUGAGAAGAACAGGAAGAAGCCUGGAGAUCCUGGUUACGAGUAUGACGUAGAGGUGGAAUUUGAGGGUGGUGUAGAGACUUGUGAAUGGGAUGAUGAUUCAGAUCCAGACUUUUAAAUACUGUUUUCUUGAGAUUUGUGCUCAUUGUUUCCUCAUAAAUAUUACUCAGAAGAAAAUUAAUUGUUCUGUGGAAAUAUACAGAUGUUUGAAGGCUUAUUCUGACUUAAAUUUGUUACAUUUGUUAGUAACAUUUUUACAAUAAACUUUUA